UCGUCCUUUGUUUCCAUCACGUACUCUAGACGCCGCUAGAUGGUAUACAUCACCUAUUGUUAACCCAGCGACCUAUUCCGACCCGUCUUUCGAUGGGUUGUUGUUGACAAUGCACAGGACAAUUCCUGGAAAUUGUAAUGAUAAACGAUGGUUCCUAAAAUAAAUGGUAAUAACUAGUGAUGUACACAUUUAUCAUAGUAAAUACCCCAUUAAUAUUUUGGUAACCCACGGCUUGAAAUGCUACUCCUACCACAAAUGCUCAGAUUUCUGGACACUUGCUCCGUUGUCCGCCAAGACAUAGUCAGUCUGUUCCAGACACCCACACCUUUACGUUUACUCUGCCUUUGCUCUGUCCGUGUUUUCACAGGCCUUAUUCACCAGUAUUAUCAAUUUUUUCAAGUGUUUAAUUUUUACAAGUGUUUUAAACAUUAUAUUAUUUUUCAUCUCGUUUUUAUUUCAAAUAUUUUAAAUAUGUUUAACUGUGUUCAGUGUCCGUCGGUUUUCGCCGCUAAACGUAAUUUAGUCGCCCACCAAAAAACACAUACAGACAUGCGUUUCUCUUGCAAUGUAUGUGAGAAAUCAUUCUCCUACAAAACCAGCCUCAACAAACACUUGAAAAAUGUUCAUGGUAUCGCCAACGUCCCAGUCCAUUUGAGACCAAUGCCCGCUGCCCCAGUCAUCGCUCAACCUGCUCAACAGAUCCAAAUCGCGCCGCAAGUAUUUGUACCCGAUGUCCCGGCUGGUGGUUCGAGCAUGUUAUCCGAAGACGACAUGUGUAUGAAAGCCAUGAACGACUUCGAGGAUACAGGUUAGUUUUAUUUUAUUUAUCAGAAUUGAUUUUUAAAGACCCACUGAUUUUAAAAAGAUAUACCGUCAAGUAUAUUAUUGCUCUACCAAUUAGAUUUUUAAAAAAAUAAACGUCGUUAAAUAGAUUUUUAAUAUUCAACAAAUUAUCGUACAAAUCUUAAUCAAUUACUAUUAGAUUUAUAAUAAAUAUAAAUUUUUUAUUUUAAACUUAUCAAGUGGUCUGUGAAACGAUCAAUGGUAUAAUAGUUGGAGUAUUCCGGCAUUAUAUCGAUCAAUUCACACGUCGCAUCCUAUGGGGUAAUAGUCGGAGUAUUCCGGCAUUGCACCGGUUGUCAGAUCGUUUGGUAGAUUUAAUUUUUUCAUCGCGUGAUUUUAUUAUAUAAAUUCUAUUUAUUUUUUUAUUUUAAACUUAUCAAAAGGUCUGUGAAACGAUCAAUGGUAUAAUAGUUGG